UGUUUGAAGCCCCUCCGGAGUAGUUCGGCAUUUCUGGAAGUUUAGAAAUGGUUUCCUUCAUACAGUAAUCUUCAUUAUUUUACAGUGACACAGUGGAGACUGUCUUCUCUGAGCUGCUGUCCGGGUGAAGGAGUAAAAUGAGCGGCUGGGCGGGUUUUUCUGAUGAAGAGCUCCGGAGGAUUCAGCUUAAAGACUCGGCCGUUCCUGCAGCAGCAGCCCGCGGCCGGAAGCCAGCUCCAGCUAACCGUAGUCGGCAGCAGUUACAGCGGGACAGGGCCCUUCAGUUAGCCGCUCAGAAACACGCAGGAGCCGCUCCACCUGAACUCCCACCAGAGCAACAACUCACCAAACCGCCACCACCUCCCAAGGAAGAACCUCAGCCCACGGUGCCGCCAGCAGCUCCAGCACAGAGCCUGGCUGUGAAACAGGAAGUUCAACAGAAACAUAACGAGAUGAAGGCAAAGGAAAACCACCAGCUGAGUCUUGAAGAGGAGGAGACUCCGACCGUUAAAGAGCUGGAGACACAAGAAGUGGCUCUACGUGAAAAGACCCGACUAGAACAGCUGCAACAAGAGCAAAGGCUAAUCGAAGAGAGGAACAAGCGCAAGAAAGCUCUGCUGGCGAAAACCAUCGCUGAGAAGUCUAAACAGACACAGGCGGAGGCUGUGAAGCUGAAGAGAAUCCAGAAGGAGCUCCAGGCCCUCGAUGACAUGGUGUCCAACGAUAUCGGCAUCCUGAGGAGUAAGAUUGAACAAGCCAGCUGGGACUAUUCCUCUGCAAGAAAGCGAUAUGAGAAGGCUGAGGCGGAGUACGUGAUGGCCAAGCUGGACCUGCACAAGAAGACGGAGGUGAAGGAGCAGCUGACGGAGCACCUCUGCGCCAUCAUCCAGCAGAACGAGCUGAGAAAGGCCCACAAGCUGGAGGAGCUGAUGCAGCAGCUGCAGCUCCAGGCCACCAUGGAGGAGGAGGAGGAGGAGAGGCAGAAAGAGAAGGAGGAGAAGAGGAGAAGCUGUGAGGAGACGCAGGGUAACGGGUCAGCAGAGAGUCAGGAGGGAACGGUGCAAUUGACCAAAGACUGUGGAGCAACGGAGGAAAAGACGAUGGAGGAGAAAGGAGGGGACGUUCAACAGACAAAGACUGAACAGGACUGUAAAACACAAGAAAACGGUGCUCAGAGUGAGAUUAUAGCAUCCUGAUGCUCUGGAAAGAGAGACUAUGCAUUCAUGAAAAAUACCAAUGAGCAUUCAGGGCUGUAGAGAUGAAAGUAGAACACUAAUGUUUUCAUGGAGUACUGUCAGUAAAAUCAAAUACUUUUGAAAGGCUGCUGCAGCGUCCAGGGCUGGGUAUCAUAGAUAAGCACUAUGCUACUAAUGAGCUAAGUCAAACUAGAAAACACCACCAUAAGCAUGCUUGUGGUUCUCAACGUGUCGAUCCUCAGGAGCCGCUAGCACCUCCUCAGGAGAUACCAUGACCUGAAUCUGUAAAAACGUUCAACCACUCAGACGUACUCACUGUAAAUAUCAACAGUAGUCCAACCCUCUCUGAGCAGGCGGAGUAUUUAUUUCACUUUCAGUUAUCCCACCAUCCAGAGCGGGGCUUCACCAAAACCACCAACAUCAGGGGCGGGGUUUGUGUCUCUAGAGUGUUGUCUGAAGUAGUAGUGACCUCUGACAUCAUCUUCAAAGGCAAAGGUCGGAAUGUUUAUAAAAUUUAACGGAUGACAUCAUCUUCAAAGGAAGACAACGGAAUGUUUAUAAAAUUUAACGGAUGACAUCGUCUUCAAAGGAAGACAACGGAAUGUUUAUAAAAUUUAACGGAUGACAUCGUCUUCAAAAGAAGACAACGGAAUGUUUAUAAAAUUUAACGGAUGACAUCGUCUUCGAAGGAAGACAACGGAAUGUUUAAAAAAUUUAACGGAUGACAUCAUCUUCGAAGGAAGACAACGGAAUGUUUUAAAAAUUUAACGGAUGACAUCGUCUUCAAAGGCAAAGAUUGGAAUGUUUUUAAAAUUUAACAGAUGAUAUCAUCUUCAAAGGAAGAGGAUGGAAUGUUGGUGAAGCUUGGGAUGUUGGGGCUUUUUCUCCUCUGUUUUUUGCGGAGAGAUAUGCCAUAGUUGGCGUUGGAAAAGUGGUUUAAACUGGCUAAAAGAUUCUGCUUAUAAAAAAUUCAUAAAACAUUUUGUCCUUGCCUAUGAAGAUGAUUUCCUCGUUUAAUGUCUCUGAAACAUUCCAUCCUUGCCUUCUGGUACCUGCUUUUUGGCCCUGAUCCAGCUGUUGAGAACCACUGGCCUUAAUAGAUGCAUUAAAGAGCAAUCCUAUUCAAUAAUAUGACUGUCAUAAAAAAACAUUUACUAUUUUGCUAAAAGAACAGAAAACGAUAUCGUCGGAUGUUUAUUGCAUGUGCUCCAGAAGGCACGCGCUGUUGCAGAUUAGUAGCUUUAGCAUUUGGGGCUAGUUUAAACAGACAAGGUGUCUGCUAUUCAACGAGUACGAUUAUUAAAUAUCAAAUGACUCUGCUUUUGUUUUGUUUUAUAGGUCCGGUUUUUAGGAUUGCUUGCAGAAAGAGGUUCCAUCCUGUAAGGCUGCUUGCAUUUAAGCAGUAGUUUCAGCCUUUAAAGGGUUUUCUGUCAGAAGUAUUGAUUAGGUUUCAAGCGUGUGUACAGUAUAGACGCCCAGCCCUCGGCAUGUUUCUGCAGGAUCAGAUAUCCGCUCUCUCAGAUGAAUUUCUUGCUGUCUUUUCUGCACGCUUCCAAACUCAUCUCGUGUUUCUGAAUCAUGGAUUAUCUCUGAGAGGUAAAAAUCCAAAUCUGACUCUUUGUCAUUGUUUCCUUCUUGGCCUCUAAAGCAGAGAUGGGUGGUGUUUACUUCCUGAAGCGCAGUGAAGCAUGACUCCGUCUCUGUCCAGCACAUAAGCGCUGCCGUCUCAUGUGUUGUAGAUGAACACAUUAGCCAGCGCUGGCUCGUGUUUCUCAAAGUUAAAUCUGCUGUUGUGAGAGCGGCGCGGAGCAGCGGGCCUCCUCGACGGUAAGACGAUAUCUGCUGAUGCUUUUCAUGUGUUUGUGCUCGCUUAUGGAGGGACACAGUGAAAUAUCAACAAUAAUCAACACUAUAUCCUGACCAAAGUCUGUUUACUGAGUCUGUUAAUGAUUGUAAAGAGAGUGACUGAUGCUCUGUCUGAUUAUUUAAAUGGGGGGUGUAUUUUAAAAGGUGAAAUUUAGAUUUACAGGAUGAUAUUUUACUAAAAUAAACUGUUGAAGUGAA